AUGGAAGAAAAUGAUCAUAGCAACAGAGAAGCGGAGCGUCAAGAGUCGGGCGAGGAGUCCAAUAGAGCGAUUAUACCCCUUUUGCAAGCGCCGGGGAACCUGCAACUCCCACACAGAAUAACCAACUUUUUCAUAGAUAACAUUUUACGACCGGACUUCGGGCGAAGAAAAGAGGGAACAUUUAAUCGCGAUGAAGGUAGCCUUCCUGGGAGAGAGAAUAGCAGCCCUUCGGCCCCCGGAACGGGGCAGGUAGGGGGGUCUGUUGCAGGAGAAGGAACCUCUAACCCUCCUUCAGUCGGCGGGGCAAAGAAGGCAGAUAUUGCCGUCGACGAGCCUUUGAAAGCCCGCAGAGAAAGUGGAGAUCAGUGCCUAAGUUCGGACUCGGAUUGUUCUCAAGCCAGCUCUACAGCAGCUUCGGGCCAGCCCAUGUUAUGGCCAGCCUGGGUUUAUUGUACUAGAUACUCGGACAGGCCUUCAUCAGGACCAAGAUCUCGUAAACCAAAGAAGAAGACUGCCAGCAAAGAAGACAAGCGGCCAAGAACAGCCUUCACUGCCGAGCAGCUUCAGAGACUAAAAGCUGAGUUUCAAACAAAUCGGUACCUGACUGAACAGAGAAGGCAAAGUCUGGCGCAAGAACUAAGUCUUAACGAAUCUCAAAUUAAAAUCUGGUUUCAGAACAAAAGAGCCAAAAUUAAGAAAGCCAGUGGGAAUAAAAACUCUCUGGCUUUGCACUUGAUGGCACAGGGACUGUACAAUCACGCCACAACAUCAAAAGAUGACAAAUCAGAUAGCGAUUGA